AUGGAAGCGGUUUCUUUCGCGUUUGCAACAGCCUCGGUGCUAGAGCUUUGUCUGCAGACCGGGAAAGCCAUAUAUACCCGUUCACAAGCGUAUCGCCGAGCCGAGCCCGAGAUCUACGAAGCGAACAUUCGCAUCCAGGGAAGCUGGCUCAAGAUCGAACACCAGCUAACGGCCUUGCUCGCCGUAUGGGAGGCGUUACCGAGCGACUAUAUACUACACCAAGAGCGGGUACUGCAAGUGCUACAGAUGAAGCUGGAGUCCGCCGCAAAACGCCUGGAUCGUCUAAUGGCAAAUUCACAUGAGGAUAAAGUGGUGUUGGACCCUACCAUCGAUGCUGGGCGACUGCCGGUCAUUCGAACGUUGCCUACCAUCAGCAGGGUCAAGUACGCCCUUUACGCAAAGGCCUCUCUGGAGCGCAUUGUUGAGGACCUGGAUAAGUGGCAGAGAGACUUUGACCCGUCAUGGUUCUUCCUAGGUCGCAUGGCAAUCCCGAUCAUCGACCAGGAGCUGGCUGGCAAGCGAGCGGCGGAGAGUAACGCUGUUCGCACGCUCGUGGAGAUGCGCGAUGCUCGACGGAUAAACGCGUCAGGCACCGGCAGGACUGGUCCGAUAUUCCUCAGCAGUCGUUACAAGAUCACCCAACAAGAGGGCAUAUGUCUUUCCUCCGCUUCCACCGGCCGGAAUUCACUACAUGAGCUCCUCAUUCUCGAUCACGUCCCCGUUACGCAUCCGUCAGAUGUCGAGCACAAAACCAAGGAAGUCCGUACCCUCGCCAAGGUUCUUUCGUCGGUUGAUCCUGAGCUCUCCGGUCUACUCCGCUGUCUCGGGGUCAUCAAGUUGAUGGCAUCGCCUUCGGACAAGCCUACCGGUUUCAACUUUGUCUUCAACCUCCCUCCGUUCCUACACGAUUCCAAGGCUAUCGGUCUACGGUCCGUCUUGCUUGAGAAGCCACCCCAGUACCCCUUAACCGACCGGGUAGCCUUGGCCGUUUCACUCGCCCGUGCAGUCGUCUUCUUCCAUUCCUCCGGAUUCGUCCAUAAGAACAUCCUGCCGGAAAACAUCGUACUCUGUCAACCUUCCCCAGGCACUCUUGGUACUCCCUUCCUAGUCGGCUUCGACCAACUGCGAGCCGCUGAAGGACGCACAUACAUGGCCGGUGAUAACAGAUGGGAAGGAAACCUGUACAGACACCCCGGGCGGCAGGGCAUCCACCCCGAAGAGGAGUACAUUAUGCAGCACGACAUAUACAGCCUCGGGGUGUGCUUACUGGAACUCGGCCUCUGGUCCUCCUUUGUCAAGUACGACGAUGACGACAAUCAAGCCCCACCCACCCCUGCGGAAUGGCUACAGAUUUCCGAGCUCAUCAGCGCCCGGGACAAGCGACGUGCAGCGACUGAAAUCAAAGAGAUACUGAUCAACGUUGCGCAGAAGAAUCUGCCGCGGCUUAUUGGUCGCAUCUACACCGAGGUCGUGGUAUCGUGCCUUACAUGCCUUGAUAAGGACAACGAACUGUUUGGAGAUGAAAAGGAAUUCCAGGAUGAAGAUGGGAUUCAGGUAGGGGUGCGCUAUAUUGAGAAGGUGAGUUUGCUCCUGGAGGAAUCCAGGUACCGGUUGAGUGCUGGGUAG